GGAGUGAUGGCUGCAGACACGCAGACUUACAAAAUGAAGAAUAUGCUGCAGUUUAUGAAACUCAUUGGGCAGUUAAAACGAGUACCACGGACAGGCUGGGUUUACAGAAAUGUGAAACAACCGGAAAGCGUGUCAGACCACAUGUACAGAAUGUCGAUGAUGGCAUUAACUAUAACAGACAGCAACAUCAACAAGGACAGGUGUAUGAAGUUGGCCUUGAUUCAUGACAUGGCAGAGUGUAUUGUGGGUGACAUUGCCCCUGCAGAUAACAUAAGCAAAGCCGAGAAGCACAGAAGAGAAGAGGAGGCCAUGAAGCACCUGACUGGGAUGCUGCAGGAAGGUUUGAGGAAAGAAAUUUAUGAUCUGUGGGAAGAGUAUGAGCAUCAGUCGAGUGCAGAGGCGCGGCUGGUGAAGGAGCUGGACCAGCUGGAGAUGAUCCUACAAGCUCAUGAGUACGAGGAGCUGGAGCAGACACCUGGCAGGCUGCAGGAAUUCUUUGAUUCCACACAAGGCAGAUUCCACCACCCAGAGGUCCUUCAGCUGGUCAAGAGUUUGAAUGACGAAAGAGCUGGUCAUCUGGCUACAGGCAGCAAAGACCCUUCUGCAGUCUGUCAGAGCACAGACACUCAGCCCAGUGGACCUUCGGGUACCUCGUGACCUCCACACCCCUCCCCUCUUUCCUCGUGUCUUUGGAGGGAGGCUCUUUUUUUUUUUUUUUAAACACUUACUUAUCGCAGUGUUUUUAACUGUUGGGGCACAGUUGCGUCCCAUGGGUUCCCGGGGUGAGGAGUCAAAUGCCAGGAGUCAUUGCGCAGAAUUUGAAAAGUACUCCCAAAGUAAGCUUACAUAGCUGUAAAUAUCCUGAGUUGUAAGUACUACCUCCUUUUAAAUUGUUUUGAUUUUAAUGGAUCACUGCUUUAGUGUCUGACUUUACAUGGGGUCAAGAGCUCCUCCAAGUACAAGGCAACAUACUCCAUCUUUGUAUAUGUUCCAGGAAGGACAUGGUUCAGCAUUUCAAGUAUUACAUGUUGACAUGUUAGUGUUAAUAUUAGAAAUGAUAAUGUGAGGUCUCAGUCUGUAAUACACAUGCAGUAUGAAACAGUUACAUAAGUGCAA